AUGCUAAGAUCCAUUUACGUAAUUUUUGUGGAAUGUUUUAUUGCUCUAUUAGUUAUUUAUAUUGUCAAGUUUGAGCAGGUCAAAUGCCAAAAGGAUAUUCUUCCCUUUGAUAAAAUAUUUCCAAAAAUAGCUAGCUACUCAAAAAAAAAAAAAAAUUAUUUUUUUAUACCAAACAGCCAUUCAUUAAAAAAAAACAAUUUACUUAAAAAAAACAAUUUAUUUAAAAAAAACACGAUUUUAGCAUUUCGAAAAAUAAACAAUACCUCUAUAAUAAUAAAUAAUAACACUGUCGAUUUUUUUAAGAAUAAUAAUAAUUCCCCACAAUUUUUUAACCUAAAUCAAUUUCGCCUUUUCAAUAAUACCUCACAAAAUGAUGAAAAAGAAGAGAACCAAGAGUGUUUAAAUUCGGGUUUAGAUCAUAUUUCCAAAAAAAAACAAAAUGAUGUAAAUUUGGAAAACCGACAAAAGUGGAAAAAACACUUGGAAGAUAAACGACGAAAAGAAAUUUUAAAACAUAUAAACAACCUGACCAAAGGAAAAUCAAACGCCAAUGGAAAAAAUAAAAAAAAACACAUCAUAAACAAAAGGAAUACUAAACAAGCUAGUUACCCUAUUCAAAAUGAUGCACACAUAGAAAAAGAAAAUACAAGUCACGAAGAUGUUGAGGAAGGAGAAGAGAAUUAUUAUGAAGAUGAAGAUGAAGAUGACGACGAAGAUGACGAUGAAGAUGAAGACGAAAAUGAAAAUGAUUAUUAUGACGAUGAAGAUGAAGACGAUUAUUAUGAUGACGAAGAAGAUGAUUUUUUCAAUCCUGAUAAACCAAAUGAAGUUAAUAAUACAAAAGAUGGUAAAGGGGGAGAAGAAAACCAAUGUGAUAAACCACACGAAUAUAAUAUUCAUUCAAAUUAUACUAACUCACCAAUAAAUAAUAAUAUUAAUAAUGCAUUUAUGACAAAAAAAAAAAAUGACUUUCCAUUAUUUUUUCCAACAAAUAAUAAGCAUUUUGAAAAAACUAAUAAUAAAUAUUUUGAUAAAAUAUGCAGUAUAGCACCAAAUGAACUUAUAAACUUAUUUUUUGAAAAUGCACCAGAAAGGGUUAAAGAAGCUGUAAAAAAUAUUAUAUUUAAUAUUAUUGGAAAUAUUCAAAAAUAUGCAUUAGAUAUAUCUGUUCUAGUUACUUAUGAUAAAAUAUAUAAUUUCCUUUUACAAAUUCUUCUAACUGGUUAUAUGUUAAAAAAUGCUGAUUACAGAUUAAGUCUAAAUGAAUCCCUUUAUGACCAAAAUAGCCAAAAAGAAAAUUUAAACUUAAAAAAAUAUUUUAAUACUAUUUUUUCUGAUAAUUUUAACCAAUCUGGAGAGGUGUUAAAUUCAGACCAAUUAAUCAACACACAAUCUGAUAAUAUUACAAAUUAUGAUGAAGAAAAAAAAGACGAAAAUAAUUCACAGGAUGAAAACAGUUCACAAGAUGAAAAUAAUACCAUACAUAUCCCCGUAUAUGAACAAAAUAUAAAUACACAUGAACAUAAUAAUUCAAAAAUUCAGCAUAAUACAAAAACAGAUAUUGGAGAAGAGUUUUAUACAAAAUUCAAACAAGCCACUAAUGAAGACUUACCAAUAAUUAAUACGAAAAAUUAUAUUAUUUUUUUAAAAAAAAAAAUUAAUUCUUUAGAAAAUCAAUUAAAAACAUUAAAAGAAAAUAAAACAUUUCAAAAUGAUGACUUACUUUCAUAUAUCAAAUCUCUGACUGAUAUCCAAUUGCGUUCACUAACUGACAAUAUAGGAGCCGUUGUUUUAGAUGCGACAAAAAAAAUUGUAGAAUUAGUUAUACAAGGUAUGACGUUAAAUGUUAAUAAAAAUUUACCGAAUGAACUCAUAUAUGCUAGUGGAUCAGUAUUAACGUACAUUUGCUUUUGGCAAUUGAUUGUUGGCUAUACAUUCAGAGAGAUGGAAAUAAGAGACGAACUUGCAGAUUAUUUUAACACCCAUUAG